UAUCUAUGUCACCUGAGAAAACUACUCUCCGACAUCUAUACCGCUCUAGAAAUAUCCAUUACGUUCAGCCAGCGCUAACCGACUAGCAGCUCAUUCAACCUUCCUUUCACAGUUACACAGUUUCUCUCCAGAAAGCUCGCGAAUCUUCCGCGAUUGUGACUAACUCAGCAACUGUGACACUGCCGGAAAGCUCGCGAAAGCUCUUCGGGUGAUCUCAUAGGCAAAACUGGUUGCUGAUUGGCUAACGAAAUGGAAGCCUCGGGAAACUUCGGGUCGGUUGCUAAGGUGACCGUGGCUGGCGUGGCGUGUACUGUGCCUUGAUUGGCUAAUCUGUUCUCAGAGUUCUGUAUAAAUACAGCGGGUUUAAAGCGAUGUGGAAGUAGGAGAAUCUAAGCAGAUACUUGUGAGAUCUGACAGAGAAGAGCAACUGCACAGCGAUACUUGCUGGGCAAAGACGCAGCUGCGCAUAUUCUAGCGAAAAGCGUGAAGCAAACUGUAAGGAGAGCAAAUAUGGCAACCAAAGGAGUCGCAGUCGGCAUUGACCUCGGCACUACCUACUCUUGCGUUGGUGUUUUCCAGCAUGGUAAAGUAGAGAUCAUCGCUAAUGACCAAGGGAAUCGCACCACUCCCAGCUAUGUGGCUUUCACAGACACAGAAAGGCUGAUUGGCGAUGCAGCCAAGAAUCAAGUGGCCAUGAACCCCCAGAAUACAGUGUUUGAUGCCAAGAGACUGAUCGGGAGAAAGUUCAAUGAUCCUGUAGUGCAGUGUGACUUGAAGCACUGGCCGUUCCAAGUGGUGAGCGAUGAGGGGAAGCCUAAGGUCAAAGUGGAGUAUAAAGGAGAAGAGAAAAGCUUCUUCCCUGAGGAGAUCUCCUCUAUGGUGCUUACAAAGAUGAAAGAGACAGCAGAAGCUUACCUGGGCCACCCUGUUACCAAUGCUGUUAUCACUGUGCCAGCCUACUUUAAUGAUUCCCAGAGACAGGCCACCAAGGAUGCCGGUGUCAUUGCAGGACUGAAUAUUUUGAGAAUCAUCAAUGAGCCGACAGCAGCUGCUAUUGCUUAUGGCUUAGACAAAGGAGCCAGAGGGGAGCAAAAUGUGCUUAUUUUUGAUUUGGGAGGAGGAACAUUUGAUGUCUCCAUCCUUACUAUCGAUGAUGGCAUCUUUGAAGUGAAGGCAACAGCCGGCGACACUCAUCUGGGUGGAGAAGACUUUGACAAUCGUAUGGUGAAUCACUUUGUUGAGGAAUUCAAGCGAAAACACAAGAAGGAUUUCAGUCAGAACAAAAGAGCUCUAAGGAGGCUGAGAACAGCCUGUGAGAGAGCAAAGCGCACCCUGUCAUCCAGCAGCCAGGCAAGCAUUGAAAUUGACUCCCUCUUUGAAGGUAUUGACUUCUACACAGCCAUCACCAGGGCCCGCUUUGAAGAACUGUGCUCUGACCUCUUCAGGGGUACCUUGGAACCUGUGGAAAAGGCUCUGAGAGAUGCCAAGUUAGACAAAUCUCAGAUACACGAGAUUGUCCUUGUGGGGGGUUCCACACGCAUUCCUAAAGUGCAAAAGCUGCUUCAAGACUUCUUUAAUGGCAGAGAGCUAAACAAGAGCAUAAAUCCUGAUGAAGCUGUGGCAUAUGGAGCUGCUGUACAGGCUGCCAUCCUAAUGGGUGACAAAUCAGAAAAUGUGCAAGAUUUACUUCUGUUGGAUGUUGCACCUCUGUCACUGGGCUUGGAGACAGCAGGAGGAGUAAUGACUGUGCUCAUCAAGCGCAACACAACAAUCCCAACCAAACAGACACAGACCUUCACCACAUACUCUGACAAUCAGCCUGGGGUGCUUAUCCAGGUGUUUGAGGGAGAGAGGGCUAUGACCAAAGACAAUAACCUUUUGGGGAAAUUUGAGUUAAGUGGAAUCUCCCCUGCUCCCAGAGGAGUACCUCAGAUUGAAGUCACCUUUGACAUUGAUGCUAAUGGCAUACUAAAUGUGUCUGCUGUGGAAAAGAGCUCUGGCAAACAGAAUAAGAUCACAAUCACAAAUGACAAAGGGCGGCUGAGUAAAGAGGACAUUGAAAAGAUGGUACAGGAGGCAGAAAAGUACAAGGCUGAUGAUGAUGCUCAAAGAGAAAGGGUUGAUGCCAAAAACGCACUAGAAUCCUAUGCAUUCAACUUAAAAAGUAUGGUGGAAGAUGAAAACGUGAAAGGCAAGAUUAGUGAUGAAGACAAGAGAACAAUUUCAGAAAAGUGCACCCGGGUAAUUUCCUGGCUGGAGAAUAAUCAGCUGGCUGAGAAAGAAGAGUAUGCCUUCCAGCAGAAAGAUCUAGAGAAAGCAUGCCAGCCCAUUAUUACAAAACUGUAUCAAGGUGGUGUGCCAGGAGGUAUGCCAGGAUGCAUGCCAGGUUCUAGCUGUGGUGCUCAGGCCCGACAAGGUGGCAACUCGGGUCCAACUAUAGAAGAAGUUGAUUAAGAACUUUCCAGGUGAAUACUAAUUUUUAUAUAUUGUCACUGUUACUCCAUUAUUGCAAUAUAUUAAACACAUCAUUUGAAACAUUUAAUUUAUACUGCAAUUUGCAUAGCAUCUGCUAAAAUUAUAAAAGCGGAAAUAUUAUCUUUUAUUUAGUACUUGUAUGUGUUCUAGAAAUGAAACUCAAUUUUAUCUCCAUGUUAAGGAAUGCCAAUUCUCCUAUAGAAUACAGUAUAAAAUGCCAUCUCAGUUGGUCACCACAAUAAUCUGUUUGAUUUUGUUUGUACUGUAUUAUUUUGUAAUAUAGUUUACUUCUGUUUUUAAGAAACAGCUUUUGUCCUGAAAGUGUAUUUUAUAUGUAUUAUAGCAGACAUUUAAAAUAAAGGAAAGUGGUGCACUGUUCCUUUUGUAAAGCUGAACAUUCAAAAUUAUUUUCAUGGAAUUUGCCUGUAUUUUUCUUGUAAUUUUUGUAAAUAUACCUUGCCUUUUUUGAAGUUAUUUCCUCUAUUUAAUGCAGAGUAUUCUCAUGUUUAAGUGUCACAUCAACCCUUAUUUUUGUAUCAAUAAAAACUAAAAUUGA